GUACGAUCGCGCGGUAGUUGAGUCCCGACUAACAGUCCGCGUGUUACCUCGAACCGUUAAACAGGUGUCGUGUUAUCAGAAUCUUCGUUAAUAUAAAAUCAUAUAUAUAUAUAUGUACGUUAACGAUAAUUUACACGUGAAAAUAUUAAUAUCGAUGUUUCAAUAAUGUUUCUCGUGGACUUUAGUACGGUGAUAUUUUCGAACGGUAUAUAUAUUUGUGAAUUCUAACACCUUACAAGAAACAGACUACGAAGUAAAGGAAUCGAAGAAGGACAAAAGAAAAAAAAGAGGAAACGACGGUUGGGCCAUCGUAUCUGCGUAGUUGAAAUCGUUGGAAGAAAGAACUGAAUGACCACAAGAGGAAAGAGACUUGAAGGAAAAAUGUGUUAGACAACGAAGGAAAUCAAUGAUAUCGUUGGAUCAGCGUAGCUGAUCUAUCGAAAACGUGGCGGGUGUCGAUCCUAAGUUAUCGAGGGACGACGAUAUUGAGGGAAGGUUCUUAGGAACCCGGCAAAUGUGGCUCUGUGCACGGUGAGCCGAGGUUACGGGGGCCGUGGGGCCCGUGGCGGGGGUGGUGUAGGUGGUAGUGGUGUUGGCAAUAGUAGUAAUAAUAGUAACAGUGGUGGUGUCGGUGGUGUUGGUGGUGGUGGUGGUGGUGGUGGUGGCGGUGGUGGUGUUGGUAGUGGAUUAGGAAGUAACAGAAGUGGACGAGAUAGUGGUCGAUUUGAAAGAUCGAGAGAGGCAAGCGUGAGAUUGCCAUUGAGUCCUCGCACUUUGUGCGCUCCAGGGAGCGGCGGGGGUGGUGGUGGUGGGGGAGGAGGAGGAGGUGGAACUGGCCCCACGCAUGGGCAUGUUCAGCAGACUGGUGGUGGGGGGCCGGGGACUGGUGGAGGUGGCCCCACCGGUACUACUGCCUCACCCGAAGAAGUUCAAGCCCUUCAAGACGAACAGAUGCUACAUGUUGAAAGACCAGCACAACAAGGAACUUGGAUUUGCUGUGUUCCGUGUUAUUGGCUUAGAAAAAGUAAAGCCGUACAUAAGGCUUUACUCACCUUCGCCAUGUUACUCGUUACCAGCCUACUUGUCACUAGUCCUGUUCUCUUCCUUAUCACUACUUUACCCGAAGGGGAACAACCCCGUGAUUGUGCGCCAUUGGAUGAGGCAUGUAUUAGAGAACGAGACGGUCCGGAAGGCAUUUGCGAAACGAAGGCCUGUAUGGAAGCCUCGAAUAGGAUCUUGGCUUCAAUGAAAAGAGGCGUGGAUCCUUGCAAGGACUUUUAUCAGUUUGCCUGCGGUGGUUUUCGCGAUCAACAGCCCUAUCAACCAAGUUCGAGUUUCAAUAUGUUGCAGGCUCAAAUCGACGAACAUAUUCAUAAAAUGUUAAUAAACGAAACUGGUCGAAUGGUUGGUGUCUUCGAGAAGCUGGGUCAUUUCUACGUUAGUUGUCUUGGGUUCAAGGAGAAGCCUGUCAACUUUGCACCUGUUUACGAACUUCUUGAAGAACUUGGUGGUUAUUUACCACCAAAGAGUGUCGUCCCAGUUGACAUAACUCCAUUGGUCUCAGCACUUCUUAGAGUAAACGGUGCACCUCUCUUUGAUUUGUACGUGGACGUCGAUCUUUACGAUCGUUCUAGAUCCUCCGUUUUUCUCGAUCUACCCACUAGGUAUCAAGAUGAUGGCCUUUUUGCGGAAAAUCUGGAAGACAUACCAAAAUGGCGUAAGGGCGUAUUAAUGGAUGAGAAAAGAAGAAAAAGAUCGGUCCACGAAGAGAGUCAAGCAUACAUGAUGAUAAAGAGUAAGAGAGAGGAACGAAGAUCCCGCAGACUUCAGAAGAUCGUUGAAGGAAUGCUGCCAAAGACGAUGAGUCCUAAAGAACGUUCCUCUGAGAAGGAUUUGUUGUUGCAAUUUUGCUUGUCACUCAAUAAGAUUUAUCCGAAGCACAAGGAUCUGUACAAUUGGGUGGACGUCGAUCAAAGAGUUUACGUUCCUUUCAACAUGACUUAUCUUCAAGAAAGCUUUGGUUAUAUAAGGUGGGGGACGCUGUUGAAUGCCACGUUAGGCGCUGCCACUGCCGAUUUAUUCAAUCGCAACAAAACGCUGGAUCGUGAUCGACGAUUUAACACAGACGAUCAGAUGAUCUACGUUUACGUCACUGCACCUCGUUAUUUCCGUAGCCUUGGAAAAUUACUCAACAGAUUUUCGAGACGGAUUAUAUACAAUGGAUUGUUGCUGCUUUACGCUGCUGAUACUUUGCACGAUAUCGUAAAUGUGACUGCCAGUAAGGAUUGGGACAAUUCCUGUUAUAAAUUAACGAAGAAUAUUUUUGGAGAGAUUGUUGGUGCUCUAUAUGUUCAGCAAUACAGUUCAGAAUAUUUGGAGACCUUAGGGAAUAGAGUUGGUGGAUUAUUCGAAAGAGUUAAGGAAACUGUCGCAGAACGAAUUUUAGUAAAAUCUUGGCUCGAUGAAGAAACGAGAACGCAAGCAUUACUUAAACUUAGAACGUUGCAAGGAAGAUUUCACGUGUGGCCUGGUUUUAACAACGACACAUUAUUGGCUCGUGAUAUGGCUGAGGUUGUGAUCGAUCCUGACAACUUUUUCUUUACGGUACUACGAAGAUUCAGACAAAUUCGUACCGUUGAUGAAAAAGUUUUACGAAGAAAUGUCACUGAAAAACGUCGUCAUCCCUAUACAGUGAAUGCUUAUUACGAAUCGUCAACGAAUACGAUUGGAAUACCUUUGGCUAUGAUGACUUCUUGGGCAUGGUCUUGGGAUGGUGGCCCAGCUUAUGCUGCUCACGCAACUCUUGGAUCAGUAAUCGCCCAUGAAAUACUUCAUGCUUUCGAUCUCCAUCGUCGUCGCUUGCCUCUCGAUCCUGAUCUAAACGUCGAUCAAUGGUUAUGGAUCACUACAGAAUCUUGGAAACGACUCGAAGCUAGGAUCGAGUGUGUCGCUAAGCUUUAUGCUAGAAGUUUUUGGCGCAAAGUUCAGUUUUAUGGAAACGACGUUGCUGUUCAGUUUGAUUGGAAUGUAACAAGGAAUGAAAAUGUUGCUGAUAUUGGGGCCUUGCAAAUAUCUCAUAAAACUUGGCAUUCAUUAACCAAUGGAAAGGAUCGAAGUCUACCUGGAUUGGAAGGACUUCGACCUAGUCAACUUUUUUUCAUAAGCGCCGCCCAGACAUAUUGUUCUAACAUGACUGCCGAGGCCUAUAUCCUCUCUGUUGAACUCGAUUAUCAUACUCCUCAACCUGAAAGGGUCAAUGGUAUAAUGAUGAACUCACAAGCAUUCGCGGAAGCAUUUCGUUGUCCGAUUGGAGCUAAAAUGAAUCCUGUGAGUAAAUGCACUACUUGGUGACAAUCGGGCAUAAAAAACGGUCGGACGCCAUGAUAAUUAUGAGAUUAUGUCAGCGGUAUGGACUCGGCUCAAUAAAGCGCGCCUUUUUUCAAAAGACCCACAUCGUUUGGUAUAAUAAUUUAAAAAAAAAAAAAAAAAAAAAAAAAAAAAAAAAACAGAGAAAAGGAAAGGAAAAAGAAAAGAAACGAAACACAAGAAAAAAACAAAAGCUUUUGAGGAGAGAAGCUUUCUUGGCAAAAAGUAGUUCGUCUUUUUUUUUCUUUAUACUUUUGAGAAUCGUCAAAUUGUUCCUUCGUUGAAAUCCAUCGAUUCAAGCCGAAAAGCAUAAAGAGAUAUCUUUGACGAAAUUUUCAAGAUCGAUGGAAUGAUCGAUACGAUGGAUCGAUAAGCUUGUUUAGUACGUAACAAACGGCGAUACGUCUUGUCGUAUUAAAGCUGUUUAAAAUGCCAUCGAUGUUAUUUCUCUAUCUACGGCGCUUUAGAAUUUUAGGUUAUAAUAGUGAAAGCAAUAAAGUUUAAUGAUGAUAAAAGAGAUACGAAAUAAAAUGAAAAAAAAAAAAAUAAGAGAGGGAGUGUGAGAAACAGGAAGAGAGAAAGAGAGAGAAGGUGAGAGGGAAUCGGAGAAAAAGGGGAGGAAAUGAAAGUAUGUAUGUACAAAAAGGAAAGUGUGUAUGUGUAUAUAUUGUUAACGCGCAAGGAAUGAUGAGAAAAUUAGAAGCUAAUUUGUUUGUUCAGAUUGCAAUUUUGUAGGCAUGCAGGAAUGAUGUUUCUAAUUGGCAAUCAACAAAUUCAAUUAGAACAUACUCUAAGCCAUAUUCGUAUAAUUGAGAAAAUAGUUGCAUAAGCCAGUGUUUUUCAAACUUUUCUUUUAAUUAUGACUUUAUAAGAUUUAUAUUUUACAUAAGUAUAUUCAAUAUAUAUAUAUAUAUAUGAUAAAUAUUAUAUAGAAAUUAUAUAUGACAAGGUUUAUUUUAAAAGUAUUAUGUUUUCAAAACAUAAUAAGUCUCGUAAUCUCUGUCAAGUAUUAUUUAGAAUUAAACAAUUUAUAUUUAUUAAUGAUGUAUCUGGUAUAUUUAUUUUUUAAUAGUUUGGAAAACACUGACAUAUAAAGAGCCAAGUAUUUCUGGUUGCGCAAAAGCGAUUGCUAUAAAUGAAUUCUUGAGAGGUUUUAAAAGUGAUCGUAUAUCAUUAAAGCCGUCGACAAGUUAUCCUCAGAUAUAAUUAUUUCAUGUUUAAUCAUAGAUUGAAAACCAUAGAUCUGUUAGGCAUGAUAUUAUAAGACUAUAAGUAAUUUAGUUUUUUUCCAGCACCGAUUGUCUUCGUUUUCAUUAGUCCACGAUCAAUUGUAAAUAAUAUAUACUGUGUAAAGCGUUAAAAUAUUCACUUCUUGGUUUAUAUGUUUAUUGUAGUUAAAAAACCACUGUAAACAUUUUAUGAUAUAUCAUAGUAAUGAACCUAGAGGUGCACAAUCUUAAAAACAAUUAAAUCAUUUGGAAAUGUCAAAGAAGAUGAAAGCAUCAAUGUUAUUUAAUGAUAAAAUAUUUAUUUAAUUAUAAUCUACAAUUAUAGAAUGCAUAAAACUGUUUGAAUCCUUUGAAGAAAACAAACUGCAUUUUUUCAAAGAAAAUCUCCGAUAAAGAUGAUCGAAAGUAUUUUCCAUAACACACAGAUAAUUCAUUUUUUAUCUAUUAUCUUUUAUACAUGCUUAUUUACACGUAUUUAGCAAUAAUCGAUAGAAUAAUUAGAAUCUUUCUUAAAGCUGUGUAUCUCAAAAGAAUAUAUAAAUUUAUACUAUCAUACUUUAUAUAUAAAUAUAAUAUGUAUAUUAAGAAAAAAAAAAAAAAAAAAGAAAACAGGAUUAGGCUUCAUAAUAGUAAUAUUUCUUGAGCACUUGGUGCAUAGAUAAAAACAAAAUAAAUAAAUCGUGCACUUUUUCAGCAAAGCAAAAAAUAGAAUUCAAUAAUAAGAUGUUACACGCCAUAUUAUUAAAAUACUUAAUCGAUUAUCUAAAAGAUGGUGUACCUCUAUAUUCAUAAAUAAUUGAUCAAUCAAUCAAUCAAUCAAUCAAUCAUCACAGCUCUUGUGAAAUUGCUCCUGCUUUUUCGUUUUUGGCUCAUUAGAUUAUGCGAUUGCUGAUAUAAUAAAAGAUUCGUUUAGAUCGUGGGCAGGUAAACAAAAAUUUAAUCUUUCGAGAGAACAAAAUAUUUCUUUAAUAAUUUUUCUGCCAGAAUUCAAAUUAGAAAUGAACAAGAAGCGAAGCGCGUAUAUUAUCUUCAAAUAAUCGUGUCUUUGCGACUUUUUGGCGCUUUGACGCAAGAAUCGCGAUCUGUGAUAUUCUUAAGCAUUCCUUAUUAAACAAAUUCGACGGUCCGAUCGUCGUGCGACGAGUUCAGGAAUGAAUAUCAACAAAAAAGAAAAAAAAAAAAAGAAAAUUAAUUCAAAAGGAAAAAUAUAUAUAUAAAUAGAAGACACAUUAGAAUUUCGAUCGUCUUUAAAUAUACGUAGAACUCGUUUUCGUGCACGGGAUUCGGCCCACUUCAAACAUACCCUUCAAAUCGAAAGCAUGUUUUCGCAUUACUGAAACACCGUUGUAAAGAUAAAUGGCUGAUAACUCAUAAUGCAAAUAAAUAUGAUUUAUA